CCAUCACGGGUACUGAAAUCCGACUUUAGCUCUAUAAACCCUUUUAUUUACCGCUGAGCCAUCAGAUGGGAGGUUACAAUUACAAAACAAAUUUAAUUAUUUCCCCACUACGAAGUUUUUCGAAAUUACGAGUUAAAGUUUGAGUUUAAAAGCACUUUUUAUGAUUGGUAGUAACGUAUUCUAUAGCUGCGAGCAUUAAAGAGUUAAUACAGGUAUGUAAGUUGGGCUCAAUUUUUUUCGUUACCCAGAAUGCUUCAUGAUAAAUAAUCUAUUAUGGAGGAUGAAAGACGCAUAAUUUCGUUGGUAGAAUAUCAUAUGCAUGAUGAAGAUUCCGAAAGUUCAGAUAGAGAAGAUGAUGGUAUUUCUUCUGAAGGUGAAAUAAUGGCCAAAGGUGAUAAAAAGAGUAAGAAUCCAAAUGUUUCAUAUGAUACAUCUCUUCCUGCCCAACACACUUACUUAGGUAAUGAUUUGGAAGAGUUGAGUGGGAGAACUUUAUUAGAUGAUGACAGCUGUCAGAGUUUGCCCCUCCUACCACUUCCUGGAAUUGUUCUUAUUCCCGGUCAAACACUUCCCCUACAGUUGUUUGAGCCCUCAGCUGUUAGCAUGGUCAAAAGGAUCAUAGAAAAAGACCGUACUCUUGGAAUUGUAAAUCAACAUCAAUCUCCUUCAGCAGAUGUAGCAUGUAUUGGUACUACAGCAGAGAUAAGGUCUUACAUAGAGAGAGCAGAUGAAGACAUUAGACUUUCUACCAUCAGGCUUAAAGCAGAAGGUCGGCAGCGAUUCCAGGUUAUAGAAACAAGACGACAGAUCGAUGGUGUAUUAAUGGGCAAGGUGAGGAUUCUUCCCGAGAUAACGCUGGAUGACCCAGGAGAAGGAGCAAGACUUCAUUGUCUAGACAGGUUUAGGACUUUACCCCUCUCCACUCCAGAACAUAUGAAAGUAAAGGAGCAGGGCUCUAUUGCCGAUUCAACUUUGUUUAAGUCACUCGUAAGAGGAAAGUAUGAUAAGUUUGACUUUGCCAACUACACAAGAUGGCCACGAUGGGUUUAUCAGCAGUAUGAUACUCACCUAUUAGUCCAGAGAAUUAAACAGGAACUUGAGAAAUGGAACUGUUCUGUGCCUGCAGAUAAAGUUGCCAAAACUCCAGUGGACUUCUCGUACUGGGUAGCAGCUAACUUACCACUAGAUGACUACAAACGUCUCUUCUUAUUGGGUUUAAAUAGUGACAUCCAGCGACUGAGAUGUGAGUUGUCUAUGUUAGAAAGGUACACUGUACUUUGCUGUCGAAUUUCAUCUUGCAAUAAAGACAUCAUCAACAGGUGUGAUGUUUUUAGUAUGUCGCUGGAGGGCCUUCAGGGAACUUACGUCAACCCAAGUGGUUACGUACAUGAGAUAGUGACAUCUUACAAAGCUUGUGGACUACUGUUGCAAAACAGAUCAUCAACAGAACAAAGCUGGUUUCCUGGGUAUGCUUGGACUAUUGCUUCGUGUAGUGGAUGUGGCAGUCACAUGGGGUGGAAGUUUACAGCUACUAAACGUAAGCUACAGCCACAGCAAUUCUGGGGAUUAUGCCGAGCUGCUUUGAGGCCUGCUCUUUGUUCUGGCCGUGAGGAUGAACAGUGGAAACCAAGCUUCUAGUGUAUCACUAACAGAUCUUCAAAUAUCAACUUUGGUUGUACCAAAAAAAAUGUGAGAAUUUUCAAAUGGUUACAAGCCUGACAUGAUAAUUUAAAAGUAGAAAUAUGAACACAAGUAAAUAAGACCUUUGAUAAUUAUCUUCCUUCUCAGUUCUGUGGUGAUCCAUUUCUUGCUUUCAAAAAAAGUUUAUAAAGCUUUUAGUAAAGUUUAUUCUGAUUCUUUGUGUAUUGCUGUGGUACAGAAUUAGUUGAAAGCUUGGGAUUUUCAGAGUACGUUUCUUCCUGAUCCAGACACCAGGUAAAAACUGUAAAUGUCUUCACUGUUGUAACUGUUCAUUAUUUACUUACUGCGUUACAAGUUGUAAAUGUAUGCGACCUACCUAGUUACUUUGGUAACUUCAUGAAACUAAAUAUACGUUUAUCAGAAGGACAUUGGAUAGAUAUCUGUAUUAGCAAGAAGAGUUAUUAUGAUUUCCAUAUUUAACAAUCUUUUGAUACUUUAAACUAAUAAGAUGAUUGUUUGAAGAAAUUAUUAGUAGAUUUAAUACCAUGUGAACCUGCAUCUUAAAUAUAGUAACAGUAGUGUUAAGAUCAACUAAGAAGUAUUCAAGUUACUUCACAGAUUCUGACGCUUACCGAAAAAUGACGGGAAUGAAAGUGGUAGUUUGUGAUCUGUUCUCAAAUAAAAGAGUAAUUAUCAUUAACUGGAAGUCAAAGAAAUUGUGAACUAAGUGAUAUAUCUGAAUAUCAGGAGCUAAAAGAAAAUUACCAAGAAGAAAGCUGACAUUAGUAAGUUGAAAAACCUUUUAAAUGAACAUGAUAGUUUUUAUGUGCUGUAUAGACUUGGACAAUAAAGACAAUGAAAAAGAAAAGUACUCGAAGCUCACAUAGCACGAAGCUUUGGAUUUUGUGGCAGAAUUAUCAAGAAAUGAAUUAGACAACAGAAAAGUGAGAAAAUGGUGACUUCAUUAUUCGAUAAGUCGGUAACUAGAUGCGGAUCUUAAAAUAUAACAUAUGGAAAAAAAUGUAAUACAAUUUAUGUUUCUACAGAACAGCUCAAAACGAAGAAAAAUUGGUUUUCAUGUUAAGGUGUGAACUGAUAAAUACAGUAGGUUGGGUUUUAAAAGAGGUUUGUCGUUAAAGAAUAUUAUUAAAUUUUUUAGCUUAGUUUUAGUACAUCCUUAAUGAUAAGUGUAAGCUCUUGAUUAUUCUAUAGAAUACUUCAAUAAUAGCCACUUUAUUCAAGUGUUUUUGUUGUUUUUUAAUGAUGCUGGAAGUAUUAAUGUAGAAAAUUGUCUUUAGUCUAAUCGUAAAAGAAGAAAAAAUUAACCAAUUUUCUUUUCGUACAUGUUUGGAGUAGCAUACACAUUCAGAAUGUCUUCAGGUACGACAUUCUGUUAUAGUCCAUCAAGUAGAUGAUGUCUUUAAAAACCUUGUGUAUAUAUAUAUAUAUAUAUAUAUAUAUAUAUUAAAUCACCAGGCCUGACUGGAAAAACUUUGUUGAAUGUCGAGAAAUGAUAGACCAAGGUUGACCUUUAUUUUAUAGAGCCAGGAUGUUUUCAAUCCCUUUCUAAAAACCUAUCUUCUUGUGAACCUAGUAAUUGAUGUGUAAUUCAUAUUGUUUUAUAAUUGUGGACAUUGAACUUCAGAAUUAUAGGAUCUUAAUUUUAUGCUAUUAUAAAGUUCUUAAAUGGAAAUUCAUACAAAGAUGCACAUACAGAAGUUGUGUGAUUUGUUUGAUAUGAUAAGUGAAUUAUUGGAUAUUUUCAAUGACUUGUGAAAUCUGUUGAGUUAAGAAUUUACCUGUGAUAACCAUUUUUAUCCACUUUUAACUCAACAGGCUGGGAAAAAAUUAAAAUUUAGUUGAUUUAAUUAUUCUAACUUUGAAAAUACUGGUUUAAGUUUUCUUAGGUUGAAAGAUUUCUAAUGAAUAAUUACAAGUGCAUUUUAUUUAAGGUUAUAGGUUUUUUGUGUAUGUGAUAAAUAAGCUACACCAUUUUGGACUUUGUCAAUUGCUAUUUUCAAAAAUAUAAACCUGCUUUAUGGCAGUUACAUGUUUUGGUUUGUCAUUAUAAGAAAUUGAUUUUUUGGCAUAAAGUUUACAAAAGAUAAAAUAUUUAUAACAUAAACAUAUUUCAAUCAAAUUAUACCUAAAGACUGAAAUUUAGUAAGAAAAAUAUAAUUGACAAGACAAAAAUGUACAGUGACCGGUGAUAAUAUUAAGGGUUCCAUGUUAUUAUGAAAUGCACUUUUGCAUUGAAUUUUCAGUCCAGCUAUUGAAUCUUACAGGUUCUAAUAAGUAUUAAAAAAAUAAGAAAAAAUAAGUACAUCUGUAAAUCAGUUAUUUCAUUGACUGGGUGUUUUUUUCCCUUUCUGAAGAGUAAAGUAAGAUACGCAAAACUUUGUAAUAGUUCUAUGCACGUGGUACUUCUAGAUAAACUGUUUUACUCAACAGAUAUUGUAGAACCCUCCAGUAAAAAGAAGCUUAAGUAGAAAAUGUGUGGAAGAGUUAAAAUGAGUUUUCUUGAUUUUCACUGAGUUGUGAGAAAGCAAAACGAUAAGUGUGUAAGUUGGAAUAUAGCACAUUUACUGGAUGUUGAGAAUGCUCUUAAAAACAAAAUCUUUAUCUGUUCCAGACUUAGAAAAGUUUACAUGAUAUACACAUUUUGACAAUGUUGUUGUUCUCAUAGUACAUGCACUACCAUGUCACUAUUGGUCAUUCCAACAGAAAGAUAAGGGGAUAUUUAACCUCAAGGUAUCACCUAACCUGCCAGUGGAAAAGAUAGCUGCCCACCUUUACACAGAGUAUUAUACUUUACAGCAAUAUAUUAAAACCAUAAGGGAAUAACCCAGAAUAAAAGGUAACUAGGAUGAAAGAGAAUUAGACAUAUUCCUUGACCUAGUCUUAUUUUAAACCAACAUACAUGUGUAUAAAAAAUUUUAUGAAUCACAUUUCUAAGUAAAGGAAAAAACAUCUAGUAUGCAUGUGUGCUACACAUUUUGUAUGCCUUUAGUUAAAGAGGUGGAAUCUGUAAAAAAUUCCCGUCAGCAGAGACAAUGGUAUUGCAGAUCUUGUACAAGUUGAAAAUUGUUCAGCAUGUAAAGAAAUCUGGUUAAAUUUUUGUUUAUACUUGUUCUGUAAACUGUAUAAAUAGUUCAGUUUUUAUAAAGUUUUUUUAUUUCCUGAUAAUAAGAUACCCAUUAAAUAUAAAUCUAAAACUUUUAGCCCUUUGAUUUAUAAUGAGUUUAAUAGUAUUGAGUUGUUUUUCAAACACAUGUUCUAAGCACACUUCUAUCAUUUUGUAAUAAAGGUGAAAAAUCGUAGUGGUAUAAUGUCCUUGGUUACUGUAGAUGGAAUAAGAGUUCUGUGAUUUAACAUAUUGUGAUAAGAAAGAGCAGACAGAAUGUCAAAAUGUUGUAAUUGUUCUAAGCCACUAGUCUUGAAUUUUUUCCCAGCCAAGUUGAUUAAAAUUAUGUAACUCUAUCAAAUGUAAAGAUUAGUUUGAUGUUAAAUAAAAUAGUUUUGCUUCAAAAAA